CAAGGAUUCAGGGAUGAGCCAUCACAAAGCUUUUGAAGUGCUCAACUUUACAAGACUCUGAGAAAAACUUUUUGGUGGAACUACAGCCAAUUUUCAUCUGUGAAUUUGACGUCUGUAGGAUCCUUCAGCCUCAUCACUGAACAAUGGGAGAGUCUGGAAUAGAGAUGUGUACUUUGAAACCUUUAUUAUGAAUCAUGGAGGAAAACAGUUCAUUUCUGACCCCUGACUUCAAUGACAGCACCUCCGCUUGGGCGCCGAUGCCCUCGGCUCCCAGCAGGCACCUGGGCACCCUUCCCAACCCCCAGACACGCUUCAAGGACCUGGCGGGGAUAUUUUUCAUGGUGACCCUGAAUGUUCUGGCACUUCUGGCCAAUACCGCUGUUCUGGUUGUUGUCAUGAAGGCCCCUCACCUCAGGAAAUUUGCCUUUGUUUGUCACCUGUGCGCAGUGGACCUGCUGUGUGCCAUGUUGCUCAUGCCUCUUGGGAUUGUGUCCAGCUCUCCGUACUUUGCUGAUGUGGUGUUCACUGUGCUGGAGUGUCAGGUCUAUGUAUUCCUCAAUGUAAUCCUCAUAGCUGCCUCUAUCUUCACCAUCACAGCCAUCAGUGUGGAGCGUUACUACUACAUCGUCCACCCUAUGCGCUACGAGGUGAAGAUGACGCUGAAGCUGACCGCUGCUGUCAUGGUGAUGGUGUGGGUGGCCUCUGCCAUACUGGGGUUGUCCACUGUGUUUGGGUGGCCGUCCUACGGCAGCCUGAGCACCAUCAGUGCUGCACACUGCUCGCUGCAUUGGAGCCACAGUGAUCACAGGCGAGUUUUCUCUGUGCUCUUCAGUGUCACCUGUUUCUGCCUGCCUGCUGUUGUGAUUUUUGCUGUCUACUGCAAUGUGUAUAAAGUGGCCCGCGUGGCCGCCCGCCAGCAUGGACCUCUGCCCUCGUGGACAAACAGUCAACUGAAGCAUCGCUCUGACUCGAUAAACAGCCAGACCACCAUCAUCACAACCCGCAGCGCCCCACGCAGGACUAUGCGUGAUCGGCCUUUUGGUGGUGGUAAAGCUGCCCUCACUCUGGUGGUCAUUGUUGGCCAGUUUCUGAUCUGCUGGCUGCCUUACUUUGCCUUCCACCUCCAUCUGACAAUAGAUGCAACACUCAACCUUCCUGAUGACCUGGAGGAAGCAGUCACCUGGCUGGCAUAUUCCUCCUUUGCCAUUAACCCAUUUUUCUACGGGCUUCUCAACCGGCAGAUCCGGGAGGAGCUUUGUAAGCUGAGGCGCUGCUACUCGGCCCGGCCAGUGGAGCUGGCUGUCUCCAGCCACGAGGGCUCAGGCCACGAGAACUUCCUGCAGUUCCUCCACAGGACCAGCUGCACAUUAGAGACACAAGCAAGCUAUGCCACAUCCAGUCCUAGAAACACUCUGGAUCAGACCGGACAGACUGGCUUUAGGAUACCGGGGCAGAUCCCAGAAGAGUUCAGUUAGUCAUACACCUCGCUGUUGUGCCACGGGAUUAAUCAUCUGCAGAACUAUUGGAGAAAAAGAUAGAUACAGCAUCAAGAAAGAAAUUCUGAGCUUUUAUGUUUGAAACUUGACUCUUUUCCUUUAUCUAAAAAUUCCAGAAAUACUGGAACAUAAAGCUAAUGGAGAUAGGUUUUUAAAUUGUUGUUACUGCUUUUGUGGUCGAUCUAGCAGUUAUAUAAUGAUUUUUACUGGCUACUAAAGCAAAGUUACUGUUUAUCUGCAAUCCGUACAUCUGUUUUAAUAAAAGUUAUCACAUCAUACUUGAACAGUAAGUCAUGACAAUAUAUCCAGUUAAGAGAACUGACAAAGGGAUUUACAAUCUACUGAGGAAGAGAGUGAGCAGUAAUUUACUAUUACAAUAUCUAAAAAUUCAGGACACUACUUGUUUUUAUAUACAAAUAUAGCAGCAAUCUUCUUUAUACGAGUCAAUAUUCA